GUCGGCAGCGGAAGUGGGUUCGCGGCAUCGUUAGGGGGCGUGGAGGCACUAGCGCCCGUUCUGAAUCCCGGUUCUGGCUUGCGCGGACCGGGAUUUUGGAACGUGUUUCGGAGGAGCAAGCCUCGGACCUGGCCUGAACAUCAGUGGUGUAUGCAGGCAGGACAGGGCUUUCUUUGUUGGUUUGCUGUCAGUGCAUUGGCUGGUAGUAGCAGUAGCUACAGCAUGAAAGUUUACUUGCUGUGGUGGCAGCGUUUCAUGGCUUUACAGUGUCUUUCUCACCUUUACUGUACCUUUUACUAAUGGCCACGCGUGUCUCUGUUAGUGUAGCUGUCUUUUUCUAAUCCCGAUCCAUUAGAAGGGGCGAUCGACUUACACCAAACCAAGUACCAGCCUCGGGGCUGAGGACCGCGUUCAUCCACUUUCAGCUACGAAAUUUCCACUCCGGUACUUUGUAGUGAGUACAAUUUGAGUUUUACUUCUUGUUGGUGCAAUGGUUUGGCCGACAUCCGUCCAUCUCCACCAAUUACACCAACGCCGCAUCGAGGCCUCCCCUGGUCCCCUCCUCUACGUAACUGCGCCUCGUCUUCUUGUUGGGCCCGUUGAUGCUACCUUGCAAAUCCCGGGCCUCUCUAGUGUCUCAGCGUCUGUAGUUCGAUACGCGGCCCUUCUAUUGGCACACGGCCAUCCUCGUCCUCAAACGGCCAGUCCACACAGAGUGCGCGUCGCAUGAACCGGAAUCGAAGAUCGCAUCGAAUCUUCAAGUCCGACCUUGUCUGCUCUUCCUACGGUGUCCACUCCUAUAGCACCAGACAGAGGCGUCGUAAUCCAUGCGCCGGUGUCCCGGGCAUCAGAGUUGACGUUCUCUCUCUCUCCUUGCCAAUGGCACGCUGCGGCGUGGGCUUCUAGGCUCGCUUGUAUCUUCUUACCAUGAGUAAUACCUUGUUGCUCAACAUCCCGAUGCAAUGGCCACGAGGGGAUUGACGGCGUUUGUUGCCCUCUUGGGGUUAGUCUGCCAUGUUUUCCCCUUGACAGCCCGUCAUGAUGCACAGGUGCUGCUGGGUAGUGGUGUUUUGCCUCAUGCUUGGGCCAUUUGUAUAUAAGUCUCGAUGAAACCGUUUCCCCAUGCCGUCAUUAUUCAUCAUCCAUCUCUUCUUCUUCUCCUUUCUCCUCCUCAACCUUAUUAGUCAUUCUACUUCUCAUUCUCCUUCUUUUCUGAUCCCCACCAAACAAACUAUCCAUCCAUCCAUCCAUCCUCCUCUUCCUCCACAACCACAGCAACGCAUCCUCAUGGAUUUCAUCAAGGAUCUUGUCGUGAGCAGCAACGUGGUGUUGCUCGCCACAGCCACCUAUGUGUGCAUUGCCGUCUACCGCACCUACAGCAAGCCCAUCUCAAGGCUCCCCGGCCCGUGGUGGUCCAACUGGACCUUCAUCCCCCAAAAGUCCUACCUCAUGUCCGGUAAGGGCCCUCUCUACGCCUACAACCUCCACAAAAAGUACGGUCCCAUUGUCCGCAUCGCCCCCGAUGAGGUCUCCAUCAACCAGAUUGACGACAUCAAGAUCGUCUACUCCAUGAGAGAGACCUUCAUCAAGGCUGCCACCUACCGCAAGCUCGCCCCCAGCCGAACCGACAGCAUGUUCAACACCAGCAACGUCGACACCCACCGCAGAUACCGCCGCAUGUUGGCCCGUCCCAUGUCCGAGACGGCGCUCAAGUCACACAUUGGCGAGGUCCACGACCGUGUCAACCUGACCGUCUCCAAGAUGGCCAAGGAGCUCGAGACCCGUGGUGCCAUCGACAUUUACAAGUGGUGGUUCUUCUUCACAACCGACACCAUAGGUGACUUGACCUUUGGCACAUCUUUCAACAUGACUGAGAGCGGCGUGAAAAACCAGUACUUUGGUGAUCUCCAGGCCGUCAACAAGAUGGGUGGUAUCCGUGUCAUGUUCCCCAGUCUCAUCAAGUUGGCCAAGUAUGUUCCUAUUCCCCUUAUCGAUGCUGCUCGUGAAGGAUCUGAACGCAUCCGCCGCUACGCCAUCAAGUUCCUCGAGACCCAGAAGAAGGGCGCCCUGUCUGGAGACUGCGUCAAGGACACUCUCUUCUCCAACAUUGUCCGUGCCAACAACGACGAAACCCUUUCCUUUGAAGAGGUCAUUGUCAACGCCCAGUCCUACAUUGUCGCUGGCAGUGAUACCACCAGCAACACCCUCACCUUCUUGGUCUGGGCUGUCGCUCACCACCCCGAGAUUCAGCAGAAGCUUGUCAAUGAGGUUCAGGCUCUUGCUGAGGGAUUCUCCGAGGCCGAUACCAGAGAGCUCAAGUACCUCGACCAGGUUGUCCAGGAGACUCUCCGCCUCUACGCCGCUGCCCCUACCACUCUGCCCCGUGAAGUCCCUGCUGAAGGUGUUGUCUUGAGCGGUUACGCCCUGAACGGUGGUGUCACUGUCGGUACCUCGGCCUACAUGAUGCACCGCGACCCUGUCAUCUUCCCCGACCCUUAUGCCUUCAAGCCCGAGCGCUGGGAGAACCCUACCAAGGAGAUGAAGGAUGCUUUUAUGGCUUUUGGUCGUGGCGCUAGAACUUGCAUCGGUCUUCACCUUGCCAUGAUUGAGAUUCGCCUCGCCGUCUCUACAUUCUACCGCCAGUUCCCCAACGUCAAGAUGUCCGCCAAAGAGGGCAUGUCAGAGAAGGAUAUGGAACCAGAGACGUACUUUUUGUACACGCCUUCCGGUGCCCGUUGUCUCGUUGAGGCUUAGAUGAGUGUGGGUGUAAAUCCAACAUUUUCAGCUUCUGUUGCCAAUGAGCGACACUGCGAUGACAUUUUGGUAUUUCGCAGUCGCUUUCUAUGGUUUUUUUUUUCGAUUUCUUUUUAUGUCUUGGGUGUUCUUUUUCUUUAUUUCAUUCUCUGUUGAUUUUUAUGAUGUAUAUGAAAGGAUGCAACGGCGUGGGUGUUUGGGUCUGCAACACCAUGAUAGACGGGCAGAAUACUGCUGUCAUUGAAUAAAAUAUCUUUCAAAAACUUGAAGAACUAAAUUUGUAACGGUGUGACCAAG